GAUCGAGUUGCUACACUUGGUUAUGUUUCUUCUUCAUCUGUCACCCUACACUUCAACGGCUCUGAUUUCCAUUUCCCUCCUCCUUUUUCUCUCUCCUCUUUUCCUGUAGACAAAUGGCGUCCUUUACGCUCUCUUACAAACUCUGCUCAUACCCAUCUUCUCCACCUCUUUCCUAACGUCGUCAUCAUCAUCUUCCUCCUCCAAAUUCAGGAGAGAAAAUGUUCGAUUAGCAUCAAUUUGAAGGAACUUUAUGCAUUUUCGUAAUUGGAUGAAUUAUACAAAGUAGUUGAUUGCACAUAUAGUGUGGUUUUGGUUGUUGUAUGUGAUCAGUUGUUGUUGGUUAGGGUUUUCUUACAGAAUCGAAUAUGAUUUCCUUACGAACCGAAUCGCGGCAACAAUGUCAUCAUCACAAGAACAGUGAUCUGCAGCUGUCGAAAUCGUCUUUCGAUCUUAAAUCCGAUGUUAAGUUCAACCAUUUCAAGGGCACCGAAUCUCGUGAAGAUGUAAAAGAAGACGUGUUACUAGGUGCUGCGCAUCAAUUGUACAAGGCGGGCGACUAUAAAAAGGCUUUGGAGCAUAGUAAUACUGUUUAUGAAAGAAAUCCGUUACGCACAGAUAAUCUUCUCCUUUUGGGUGCCAUACAUUAUCAGCUGCAUGAUUUUGAUAUGUGCAUUGCUAGGAAUGAAGAAGCUAUACAAAUUGAUCCGCAUUUUGCAGAGUGUUUUGGCAACAUGGCAAAUGCAUGGAAGGAAAAAGGAAAUGUAGAUCUUGCAAUCCGCUACUAUUUAAUUGCUAUUGAGCUGAGGCCAAAUUUUGCGGAUGCCUGGUCAAACUUAGCUAGUGCAUACAUGCGUAAUGGAAGAUUGAUAGAGGCAGCCCAAUGUUGCCGCCAGGCUCUGGCAUUAAAUCCUCUUUUGGUCGAUGCACAUAGCAACCUUGGGAAUCUAAUGAAGGCACAAGGCUUAGUGCAAGAAGCUUAUAGUUGCUAUCUUGAGGCUAUACGUAUACAACCAACUUUUGCGGUUGCUUGGUCAAAUCUUGCUGGCCUUUUUAUGGAAUCGGGUGAUCUAAAUAGGGCUCUUCAGUAUUACAAGGAAGCUGUGAAACUUAAACCAUCUUUUCCUGAUGCGUAUUUGAACUUGGGAAAUGUUUACAAGGCUUUGGGAAUGAGUCAAGAAGCUGUCACGUGCUAUCAGCAUGCUCUUCAGGCGCGACCAAACUAUGCAAUGGCAUUCGGUAAUUUGGCUAGUACGUAUUAUGAGCAAGGGCAGUUGGAUUUGGCAAUUCUUCAUUACAAAGAGGCCAUUAACUGUGAUUCAGGGUUUCUGGAGGCAUACAAUAAUUUGGGUAAUGCGCUUAAAGAUGUGGGCAGAGUUGAUGAAGCAAUCCAAUGCUAUAAUCAAUGUCUUUCUCUACAACCUCAUCACCCUCAAGCUUUAACCAACCUCGGAAAUAUUUAUAUGGAAUGGAAUAUGGUGGCAGUGGCAGCUACUUAUUAUAAGGCAACAUUGAGUGUCACAUCUGGAUUGUCUGCUCCCUUCAACAAUCUGGCAGUUAUUUAUAAACAGCAGGGUAAUUAUGCAGAUGCAAUAUCUUGCUACAACGAAGUUUUACGUAUUGAUCCAUUGGCCGCUGAUGGUCUAGUGAAUAGAGGAAAUACUUAUAAGGAGCUUGGAAGAGUGAGUGAAGCACUCCAGGACUAUAUUAAUGCUAUUAACAUACGACCUACCAUGGCUGAAGCACAUGCUAAUCUGGCUUCAGCUUAUAAAGACAGUGGACAUGUGGAAGCAGCAAUUAAAAGCUACAAACAAGCAUUGGAGUUGCGCCCAGAUUUCCCAGAAGCGACUUGUAAUCUUCUCCACACUUUACAGUGCGUUUGCAGCUGGGAAAAUAAAGACAAAAUGUUUUCCGAAGUUGAGGGGAUAAUCAAAAGACAAGUUAAGAUGUCAGUUCUUCCAAGUGUACAACCUUUUCAUGCGAUCGCAUAUCCUCUUGAUUCUAUGCUUGCUCUUGAAAUCAGCCGUAAGUAUGCGCAGCACUGCUCAGUAGUUGCAUCCCGCUAUGCACUGUCUCCCUUCAAGCACCCGCAACCUAUUACAAUAAAGAGUGAAGGCGGUUUCCAGAGGCUUAGGGUUGGUUACGUGAGCAGUGACUUUGGUAACCAUCCUCUUUCACAUCUAAUGGGCUCUGUGUUUGGUAUGCACAAUAGAGAAAAUGUUGAGGUUUUCUGUUACGCGUUAAGCCCUAAUGAUGGGACUGAGUGGAGACAACGAACUCAAUCGGAAGCUGAGCAUUUUGUAGAUGUAUCUGCUAUGUCAUCAGAUAUGAUAGCCAAACUUAUUAAUCAGGAUAACAUACAGAUUCUUGUUAACCUCAAUGGCUACACCAAAGGUGCCAGAAAUGAAAUAUUCGCCAUGCAACCCGCACCUAUUCAGGUCUCAUACAUGGGAUUUCCAGGCACGAUGGGUGCGUCAUACAUUGACUACCUAGUCACUGAUGAGUUUGUAUCACCUUUCCGUUCUGCUCAUAUUUACUCCGAGAAGCUCGUUCAUCUCCCUCAUUGCUACUUUGUAAAUGAUUACAAACAGAAAAAUAGAGAUUUAUUGGAACCAAAUUGCCACCCCAAACGUUCAGAUUAUGGCCUUCCAGAAGACAAAUUCUUGUUUGCAUGCUUCAAUCAAUUAUAUAAAAUGGAUCCUGAAAUCUUCACUACCUGGUGCAAUAUUCUUAAACGUGUACCAAACAGUGCCUUGUGGCUUCUAAAAUUUCCAGCUGCUGGAGAAUCGAGACUACGUGCAUAUGCUGCUGCUCAAGGAGUAGGGCAAGAUCAGAUUAUAUUUACAGAUGUUGCUGCAAAAAAUGAGCACAUCAGACGCAGUGCUUUGGCUGAUCUGUUUUUGGACACGCCUUUAUGCAAUGGUCACACCACCGGCACAGAUAUCCUGUGGGCUGGCUUACCAAUGAUUACUUUGCCCCUUGAGAAAAUGGCUACAAGAGUUGCUGGUUCACUAUGUCUUGCUACUGGACUUGGAGAAGAGAUGAUAGUGCACAGUAUCGAGGACUAUGAAGAGCGGGCAGUUGCACUGGCAUUAAAUCCUUCAAAACUUGAGUCCCUUAGAAACCAAUUGAAGGCUGUUCGUUUAACUUGCCCGUUGUUCGACACCGCUCGUUGGGUUAAAAACCUCGAAAGAGCUUUUUACAAGAUGUGGAAUUUGUAUUGCACAGACAAGCAUCCUCAGCCUUUCAAGGUGACUGAAAAUGAUGUGGAUUUCCCUCUUGAUAGGUAGGUAAAACUGUAAAAGUGUAAAACUAGCUGAACGGACUGUAAAUAGAUUGUAGAGUUAAGAGGGACGGUGAGCGGAGGAGUCUACCCAUCCAGUCGAGACAACGUCUCAAAAUGACGUCUUGUGGAUGAAAACUGGGGGUUACACCCCGAAAGUCCUCUGAUAAUGAUUUGAGUGUUGUAAUAUGUAGAUUAUUACUUGGUAUAUUCUUACUGGUCUGUUGAGCGUGUAAUUGAGGGUUGAGUGAUUUGCCUGUAAAAACAUGGUUAAGAGGUGUAAAAGUUUCUAGUCUGUAUGUUUGCUUCGGAAGUUGAGAGAUUGAUGUUUCCUUGGCUUC